AGUAGUGUGGAAGCCAGGAAGAACCGCAGCAAACGUUACGCGUUUUAAAACGAAAACACUAGUGUAAACGUCGUAUUCCCUCUCAUUGCUGUUUCAGCCAUGGGGCCCAAAGCAACAUAUUUACUGCUGCUCAUGUGCAUCGCCAUCAUCCUCACCAGCACUGAAGCUCAGAAUCAUCUACUGGGACCAAUACAGCCUAAACCUGACACAUUCUGUCAUGAUGCUCCUCAGCAGAGGCGGAUUUACCCAUUUGGCAAAGGAUAUCCCCCUCCCAGGUGCUGUGACCGUUUUAGAGAAAAUCCCAAGGCGCAUUCUUCGAUUAGUUUCCAGAUGUGAGAUACAGAGCAACUAUGGUGCCUGCCACAUUGAUGCAUUGAUGUGAGUGUUUAACAUACAAACACAAAUGACAUAUGAAUCAUGUGCUCCUGUAUUUACUGCUCUUCAGAUUACAUAUCAGAAACAAACUGUUCUGUGCACAUCCCAGACUGUUGAAGAAACUGAAUAAGAUUCACGAAUCCCAACCUGGCUUAAAUGCAAACAAGAAAUGAAUGAAUGUGAUUGUGAAAUCUGUUUAGAAUCCUGAUGGCAGAGAUAUAGUUUCAAUAUUUGCUGCCUUGGAUGUUUUAAAAGUUAUUUUUCAGCUAAUAGUACCA